GAGUGUGAUCCAAAUACAUGCGGGGCCGUUGAGAUGGCUUGUCCUGUAGGGGAUUGGGCUACUUCACAACUGAAACAGAUAGGAGAACUAUGGUACAAGAGCCUUCAUACUCUGAAAGCGGCUGGACGAUCUGAGAAGGAAAUUAAACUCUUACAAAUGAAGAAUGAUGAUGAAUUUCGUGAUUUCAAGCAUCGCAUGGCCCUGCGAAUCCGUGUCGUAUGGGGACAGACCAAAACGGCACAGAAUGCUGAAUCCAACGAAGCUACAACGACAGGAGAACAAUAUGAUGAUUCUUCUGAGAAUACGGGAUAUAAGUUGACGAGGGUGUUUCGUGACAAGGAUGAAUGGAGGGCCCGUAAUGCAGCACUUCGAGCCGCUCUGACCACCGAUAUGGUGGGACUGCUAACGACACCGGGAUAUGAUCCCAUAGAAGAGUUAUAG